AUGUCUCACCAUUCGAGUCACACUCACAUCCAGUCUCAGUCACCGGCGGUGGGCUUUCCCUUCGCGUUUGACAGCUUCCAGACCAACGCUCCCAAAGCCAAACGCAACCGCGCGAACCGUAACCGAAAUCGCAAAAUGCGAGCCGAUUCCACCGCUUCCUCUCUGGGAAUGCCGGCCAUCGGCCACAUGUCUGAUGAUCACUCUUCCAGACCAACGCUCCCAAAGCCAAACGCAACCGCGCGAACCCACUACAACCAACAACAGCAUCAUCAGCACCAACACCAACAGCAACAACACUAUCACCAGAGGAGUGGCGGACAGAAGAAGCCGCAGUGGUAUUACGCAGACAGCGGUAACGGCGCCGGCACUUUGGAUCAGUACCGCUUCCAACCGCCUACCGAUCGUCAAAACAGUCGUUUCCGAGAGCGCGCGCAGUCCAACGCCUCAAUGGGCGGCCAAUCGGUCGGUACCGUGACUUCGGAUUACGGCCGUAACCACACGCGUGACCAGCGCUGGAGUGGCGGAUAUCGUAGGAAUGAGGGCCGCAGUGCUGGCCAUCGAAACUACUAUCAAAGGAGAAAAUUUAAUAGAGGAGACGUGUUGACGCGCGAAAUGGAGAACCACGGGAUGGACAACGAACAGACACCCGAGCGGUUGACCCGUAAGACUCACCUAAAGGACGCGUUGCAUAAGAUAUUGAGCUCUAAUUUCCCGAAUUACGAAGUGGAACCGUUUAUCGUCGGGUCGUCGGCCAACGGACUGGCGAACAACAAGUCAGACGUUGACAUCUGUCUCGUGAUGACCGAAAUCGUGGAGAAGCGGUCGGCAAAGGAUGUGAAACACGUGGAACCCUUGAAGGAAUCGGACAAUAGGGACAGUUUAAUCAAUUUGGAUCUGAUCUCGGUGACUCGAGACGACCUCUUGGACUCGGUUGAGAAGGAGACCUCCACUCCCGAGCCAGCGGUGGUCGACCCGGCAGUGGAGACCAAACCGGUGGUCGAAAAGACCGAUGAAUUGAAGGCUAUUAUAAAUUACGAGUCGGACGGCGAGAAGUUGAAUGUGACCGCCUGUGAGAGUCCCCGAUCGAUGGCCAGCGGCGCCGGCAGUGUCUCGUCAACCGAUCCGUCGAUUCCAAUGCUCAAGAAAGUGGAGGAAGUGCUCAAGAACUACAAUUUUGUGCUGAAUAUGCAGAUAAUUAUGGCCAAAGUCCCGAUCUUGAAAUUCGUGGACAGGAUAUCGGGCAUCGAAGUGACUCUCAAUGUUAACAAAUUGGUGUCCAUUCGCAACACUGUUCUGAUCCACGAUUACGUCAAAUACGCGUGCAGUCCGCCAGUGUUGCCAUGUCUUCAGCAGUUGAACCCCAACGGCUAUACCGUGAAGGAGGCGAUGCACGCCUUGCGCACCAAUCGGAAGCCCAAGAGCUGGAAAUCGUUGAACAACUCGUCACUGCGGGACCUAUUGCUGGGUUUCCUCGAGUACUACAGCUAUAGCUUCUGUUUCGCGAAGGACGCCCUCUCUGUCCGGACGGCACACGUAUUGCCCAAACACGUGGUCCAGCGAUACAAGUCUGACGACAACUCCUACAACCACUGGAAGUUCCUGUGCGUUGAGGAGCCGUUCAACCGGACAAACACCGCCCGUUCGGUGUACGACGAGGUCAUGUUUGAGCGCAUCCUUAGUGUCUUCCGCGUCAACGCGUGCAGUCCGCCAGUGUUGCCAUGUCUUCAGCAGUUGAAUCCCAACGGCUAUACCGUGAAGGAGGCGAUGCACGCCUUGCGCACCAAUCGGAAGCCCAAGAGCUGGAAAUCGUUGAACAACUCGUCACUGCGGGACCUAUUGCUGGGUUUCCUCGAGUACUAUAGCUACUCCUUCUGCUUCGCCAAAGACGCCCUCUCUGUCCGGACGGCACACGUAUUGCCCAAACACGUGGUCCAGCGAUACAAGUCUGACGACAACUCAUACAACCACUGGAAGUUCCUGUGCGUUGAGGAGCCGUUCAACCGGACAAACACCGCCCGUUCGGUGUACGACGAGGUCAUGUUUGAGCGCAUCCUUAGUGUCUUCCGCGUCAGUCACUACACACUCCGCCGAUUCCCGCGAUUGGACUCAAUCAUGUCGUCCAAGGAGUACAACAACGACUACACCAAAGUGAUCGACCAAUACGUGACCGCCAUUGAGCCCAGACCUGUCGUCACAGUCGCGGGUUCGCCGCCGGUGUCCGUCAGCCCUAAGACCGCCGCCGCCUCUGUCCGCGAGAGUCCCCUCCCGUCGCCCGACCGUAAGGACACUCCCGACGGAGUGCGACCGCCGACCACUCCGUCCGUCGCCGCCGAGUCGUCGCCCAAGAGUUCGCCCAAAACUGGCGAUUGAGACGUGAUUUUUGACCACAAGUUUUAGGCUUUAAAUUAUACACUAAUAUAACAAAUGUAAUGAGAAAUUGAUUAUAAUUUUGGCUAAUGUUUACAAAACUAAUAAAAUUGAUUUAUUUUGCAAUUUAUAAACAA